AUGUCACAGAUAUUGAUCACCCACGCACUCAGAUCCAUCUCUCCUCGUGCACUUCCUUUCCCUUGCGCUACUUUCCCUGGAUCCACGCCACGUGUUGACAACACCACCAGGGACCCUGUCGCUGUCGGCGACUAUGUCCCCAACUACAUUGCCAAACGCAUUAAUGACUUUGCACCGACCGCUAGCAAACCUUUCGUGCUCGGUCUCCCAACUGGCUCCUCUCCUAUUCCAACUUACAAAGCCCUCAUCAAUAAAGUCCAGGAGGGCAUGCUGAACCAGUAUACUCGAAGUUGCGUUUAUCCAUUCAUGACUCCAGGUUCAAUCAUAAACACAGUCGAUAUUCCCCCCUCCCAAGUCAAUUUACUGGACGGGAACACCGAAGACUUGGUCACGGAGUGCAAUGCAUACGAGUCUCGCAUCAAGCAGUGUGGUGGUAUCGAGCUCUUCCUGGGUGGUAUCGACGAGGAUGGGCAUAUCGCAUUCAACGAGCCUGGUAUGUCUCGUUUCUUCACCUCCUGUUGUCCCUUUUCUCAUGGCUUCUCUACUGUAUGA